CGUAGACUACCUACCUACCUUAGGUAGUGCAUUCUGGCAAACUGUCCUGUGAAAGAUUCUUCGAAUGUAUUAGGUGUUAAGCAAGGUACAAAGUGCCAAGCAUUUGAUCCAAUGAAUAAACGCCUCUGUACUCCAAAUCUACACCAAGUACGGACUUGCAUGUGCCCCGCAAAGCUCAAGUCCCGGACUGCAACUUUUCUAUCCGCUAGAGCCACCUCGUUUUUUUAACAUUUUCACUCACAAAGAUGCCCACUGCAACAUCCAACCAUGCCUCUGGCAAAAGGAAGCCAGAUACGAAUGUCUCCAAAGAUGCCCAUUUGCCGAAGCGACCCCGAAACAACGAUCCUAAGACUCCAAUACCAGCUCUGCUAGCUCCCCACGAAACCAUCAUCGCCGAGCUCAACUCCAAAUAUGACAUCCUACCUGCUUCAGUUAUCUCGUCGACGCAAAUCAAGAAGCGCAUCAUGCAGGUCGCAAAUCAUAUAAUAACCCAAGGCGACCGCCCUCGAGUAGCACUGCUGUAUGCGCGAACCGCCGAUGUCUGCAAGCUCAUCACAGUGGUGGAAAAAUGCAAGCGGAUUGUCAUUGAGGAAGGGAGAGCAUAUUAUCAGUACAACCAGCUAUUUGACCAACCAGAAAAGUCUAAAAGCAAGGAUAUUGUUGAAGAGACAAUCCUUGAAAAGAACAUCCAAGAAGACAAUGAUUCCGACAACGACGAUUUCGAGGUUAUGCACAGCCGAUUUGAAGGCGCAGUGUUACCUCACCCCUCUCCACGAUCUGUGAAGUCAAUGAGGAUUUUCCUUUCGACUGUGCCCAUACAGGAAUUGAAAAUAAAGAAGGGUGUUACGGUCCAGUCUGGUACAGCCAAGCAGGCUUGAUACAAUCCCCAUAAUUCUACUCUGUUCAGGCUGUUUUGUCUACCUUUAUGUUUAAAAAUACUUCAAUGAACCACUCCAGGGAUGGUUUAUGGUUGAGCAAGUCAUAUAGCAAAUCACAAGAUACCCAGCGCAAGUAAAUAUAACAUUCUGCUUUUA